CUCUCCACUUCUUAUAUGAGGCAAGGUUGGAGCUCUCAUUGUCUUUUAGAAUUUACAAUGGUUUCAUCUCAUAUCUCACUUGGCAAGUACAACCUGCAGCUCAUCUGACUGAAGACGAGACCGAAUCAGCUCGCCCACGCCACCUUAAGCAAACAUCAUUUGCAUCCAGACACAAACAAACAAAGGACUGACUGACCUCAUCACAUGAUAGCGAUCACUUCUCGGAAGAGAUUUUGGCCUUAAAAACCCACUUCCUUAUUCCACCUUCUUUCUCUUACUUCAAUCUUUUCCCUUUGUGACGACGUUAUCGACGAAUACACCGGCUUCCCAUUUCAUACCCCAAACACCACACACCACACACGACAUGGGUGGCAGGGCUUUUCGCUCUCUGAAUUGUCCCCGUAUUUCCCCCGAUCUAUAUCACAAGUCGCGUGACAAGGUCACAUCUGUUCUCCAAAAACUAUUCGACCAUGUCACCGUCCCUACCGAAAUGCCAGAGAAGCCCGACUUUGGCGACAUCGACUACCUUGUCAGCGGGUACACCGGACAGCCCACUGACUCCACACUCGACUGGUCUGCUAUGGUAUCUGCGCUGAAGGAGAAUCUCAACACUAAUUACGGUAAGCGUGGCCACUACGAGCCCUCCAUCAUGUACUUUGCCAUCCCCGCAGGUGAAAUACCACAGAGCAGUGAAGAUCAGGUGUGGAUCCAGGUCGAUGUCAAGGUCUGCGAGAUACCUGGUCUGCAGAACUUCGAGUGGUCUCGAUUAUUGUUGAAUUAUGCGAGUGGGUUCAAGAUGUUGGCGUCUUUUGCGAAGCCGCUCGGCUUGACGAUCAACCCUGAUGGCAUGCAUAUCCGAGUCGAGGAGAUGGAGGAGACAAAUGGCCCGGGAAGUAUGGUGUUUGUCAGUAUGGAGCCGCGAGAUGUGUUGAAUAUGUUGGGUCUGGACUGGAGGUUUCUCUGGGCUGGGUUGGAGACGCGGGAGGAGUUAUACAGCUACAUUGUCUCUUCUUCAGAAUUUCACCCGAAGCAUACUUCAGAGCGUCUGAAGGACGAGAAAUACGCCGAGCACCACAAAGACCGAUCUGCCGCCUGGAUCGAAUUCAUCACAGAGUGGAUCCCCCGCCGCUAUCCUGACUACUCGUUUCCCGACAAAGAUAUACCUCUAGAGCAGUGGUAUAAGGAGAAUAGAGUGAAGAUCCAGCAGAAGGUCUUCACGCUCUUUCCUCACAUUACAGCAGAAUACUACACCAAGCGCAAAGAGCACCUCAAAGAAGCCGAAGAGAAGCGCCUUUGCGAAAUUCUUAUGGAUGCCAUACCAGACUGGGACAAGAAUCACACUGCCAAUUUCUCUAGUCCCCGAGUUCUCAUCCAGUGCGAAGCUCCAUGCACUUCGAGUAUCAGCAAGACGCCGGCCGACUGUGAACUCGAGGUUGAACCUCCCACGCCGCCCGUGACACCUCCGCCACCUAGAGUGCCCUCCAAUACAACUCUACCCGCUCUAGUGUCUGAAGGAGGUAUCAGAGUGGCCCCGUUCGACGACUUAUAUCUUCCACGCCAGCCUCCUACGACCUUCUCUUUCCGUCCACCCCCUCCCGACAUGUCUCGCCCAGCCAAACUCGCUUGUAUCGCCCGCUGGACUCGCUUCUGCGAAAUCACUGGACAACUUCAUCUUGGAGGUACCCCUCGGGACAAGGCAGUCGUCAUGUCUUGGUCCGAUAGCAUCAUGAGCGACGAGAUUUUGGUGAAGUGGGUGGAGAAGGUUUGGGUUGUGGCUUGGUGGCGUCAGAGCUGGGUCAACUACGUGGGCAUGUGGCGUAGGAGGUUUGAGAAGGAGGAUAUGAAAGCGGCCUUGAAGAUGAAGGAGUCUGUUGUGGCUGUUUAG